ACUGAAGGCGAAUUUCAGGGAGUGAGAACCCCCACCUGCUCCCAAACUAAAGAAAAUGUACUAGUGAACCCCUUGCAAGAGAUUGGCCGAGUUGCCUACAUCUCCUUUGGGCCACAUGCUGGCAAGCUGGUGGCACUUGUGGAUGUUAUUGACCAGAACAGGGCGCUAGUUGAUGGCCCCUGCAGUGGUGUAAGAAGGCAGGCUAUGCCCUUCAAGUGCAUGCAGCUAACCGAUUUUGUACUCAGAUUCCCACACAGUGCUCAUCUGAAGCAUGUGCGAGUUGCCAGGGAGAAAGAAAAUAUUAAUGAAAAAUGGAUAGGUACAAGGUGGGCAAAGAAGAUUGAAGCCAGAGAAAAGAAAGCCAAGAUGACAGACUUUGAUCGCUACAAGGUCAUGAAGGCAAAGAAAAUGAGGAACAGGAUCAUCAAGCAUGAAGUAAAGAAGCUCCAGAAGCAAUCUUCCAAAAAAGCAUAAACUGUCAGUAGUCAAAUAAAGUUCCAGUUUACUAU